AAAACAACGCAAGUUAGCAGGUAGCGCGAGAGAGGAGCAUCGUCUGAGGGUGCCGGUCAUGGGUUUGACCAAACAGUACCUUCGAUAUGCUGCCAGUGCUGUGUUUGGAGUCAUUGGCAGCCAGAAGGCCAACAUCACAUAUGUGACGCUUCGAGGAGGGGAGAGGGGCCGCUACGUGGCUGUGGCUGCGUGUGAACAUGUCUUCAUCUGGGAUGUUCGAAAAGGAGAGAAGGUCCAGAUCCUGCAGGGACAGAAGCAUGAGGUGAGCUUCCUGUGUCCAUCUCCUGAUGGAGUGCACAUCGCCGUGGGCUAUGAGGACGGAGCGGUGAGAAUCUUCAGCCUGCUGAAUGGUGAAAGCAACGUCUCUUUCAAUGGUCACAAGUCCGGCGUUAGUGUUAUGAACUACGACGCUCUCGGGGCUCGACUUGUCACUGGUUCCAAGGACACAGAUGUGAUUGUGUGGGACGUCAUUAACGAGUGUGGUCUGUACAGGCUGAGGGGACAUAAAGAUGUCAUCACUCAGGCCUUGUUCCUCAAAGACAAGAACCUCCUGGUCACAAGCUCCAAGGACAGUUUUGUGAAGUGGUGGGAUUUGGACACGCAGCACUGCUUUAAGACCAUGGUGGGCCAUCGCAGUGAGGUUUGGGGUAUGGUGCUGUUGAACCAGGGGAACAGACUGUUAACGGGCUCUGCCGACAGUGAGCUUCGAGCCUGGGACAUCAACUUCCUGGAGGAGGAAAAGGCUGAGGGUGAGCCCAAAGUGAAGAAGGGAAAAACUCUGCUGGAUGAUGAGGAUGAUGAAGACCAUGAGAAAGAAGAUGACGAUGAAAGUGUUGAAGAGCGUAUCUUGCGCUGUAAGAAGGCCGGCUCCAUCCUGAGAGAAGCCAGAGACCGAGUCGUCUCGCUGACGUCAGACUCCAGGGCCAGAGUCUUUGGCUGCCAUGGCAAUGAUUCAGUUCUGGAGUUAUUCACGGUGCUGUCAGAGGAAGAGGUGACCAAAAAAAUGAGCAAGAAGCUGAAGAAAGCCAAAAAGAAGGCAGCUAAGCGUCUGACGGUGAAACACACUCGCACUCUGCAGCUAGAGGAGGAUGUUCUGUGUGUGAAGUUUUCUCCUGACCACAGACUUCUGGCRGUCUCUCUGUUGGACUGUACGGUCAAGGUCUUUUACACAGACACACUCAAGUUUUUCCUGUCUCUUUACGGACACAAGCUGCCUGUACUUUGCUUGGACAUCUCACAUGACAGCGCUCUGAUCGUCACCGGUUCCGCCGACAGAAACGUGAAGAUCUGGGGUUUGGAUUUUGGUGACUGUCACAGAUCGUUGUURGCGCACGAUGACAGCGUCAUGUUCCUCCAGUUUGUCCCCAAAACCCAUCUGUUCUUCACGGCGGGGAAGGACCGCAAGAUCAAGCAGUGGGAUGCUGAUAAGUUUGAGCACAUACAGACACUCGAGGGUCACCAUCGGGAGGUCUGGUGUAUGGCCAUCAGCCCAAACGGAGACCACCUGGUGUCGUCUUCUCAUGACAAGUCUCUGCGUCUGUGGGAGAGGACGAGGGAGCCCAUCAUCCUGGAGGAGGAGCGUGAGAUGGAACGAGAAGCAGAGUUUGAAGAGGGCAUGGCCAAAGGAGACAUCCCUGUGGUACCAGGAGAGACUGAAGGAGAGGCUGCACCGGCUGGAAAGAAAACAAUAGAAACAGUCAAAGCUGCGGAGCGAAUCAUGGAGGCUCUAGAGCUUUACAGAGAAGAAAGCAGAAAGAUGGAAGAGCACAAAUACGCCUGUGAGAACGCUGGGAAAGAGUUGCCUCCUCCAAAACCCAACCCCAUCCUUGUGGCCUUUGGAAAUGUUACUCCUUCCCGCUAUGUUUUAGAUGUCAUAAAGAAAGUCAGAUCCAGGAUGUGAUGGGCUUCAACAGCGCCGCCCUGAAGUUCCUCCAGCGGGAGAUUGAGAGCAAAGAGGACGUGACGUUCUUYGCCGACGCCACGGGCCGACUGCAGGAGAAGAAGAAGAAGAGGAGGAAACGAGAGAGAGCUGUUCUGACCAUCGCUUGAAUCAUACAAACUUYUAUUUUAUAGUUUAGGUAAAAACCUCCAGCUCACGUUGUUUCUUUCCAACUGUAACUCAGGACUGAAGCAGCCAGAUUCUGCUUCUGACUUUAAUAUGUUGUGAAAUCCUGACAGGAUGUAACUGUGUUUAACAGUCAUGUUUCAUGUUUUUUAAUAAAGCGUGUUGGAGGAUUCCUCCCAGUUCUUCAGGUUCUAAAUAAAUCCUCUUUCACAGA